AUGCUUUUACUAAGACUAUUUCCAAUCUUUCAAUUAUUAUAUGCUUUGGAUGACUCUACUUUGGUUCAAAAAAUAUCUGAUAAUAAUGCUCCUUGUAAAAGUUGUAAAUUAUUAGUUCAGUCAUUUGAGAAGGUAAAAUUCCUAAAAUAAUUGUUUUAUGUAUAUAGAGUAUCAAACAGUAAUUUGCAAAUAAAUACUUAUAUUUGUAGAAUCUUUAUGUAUAAUUUAUAUACAUUUAAUAGUGUUAAACUUUUUAGGGCCUUGAAAGAACAAAGAAUCACUAUGGUGAUAAAAAUACAGCUUCAGAAGAGAGCGAAGCAAGAUUCGUGGACAUUUAUAACUCUUUAUGUGAUACUUAUCAAAACCAAGAUAUGGUAAAAUUUGGUAUACAGUAUAGGUACAUGUUAAUAAGUCGGUUUUUUUUAGUGUUUUCAUACAUUAAAUGAAUAUAAAAAUGAUUUGAAAGAAUGGUGGAUCAAUGGUCGUCAAGGAGAAUUAAACCAAUGGUUUUGUAUAGAUAAAUUAAAGGUAUGUUGUCCACCAAAACAUUAUGGACCUAACUGUUUACCAUGUAAAGGUUAUCUAAAUGUUUGUAAUUCACAUGGCACUUGCAAGGUAAUAAAAAGUUUUAAUGUCUAAUAAGUAUGUAUUACAAUUGGAUUAUAUUAUUUCAUAGGGCGAUGGAACUAGAAAAGGCAAUGGAUUAUGUAAAUGCUAUAAUGGUUAUGAUGGUGACAACUGUGAUCGAUGUGCUUACAAUUAUUUUAUUGUGAUGAAAAAUGAAACUCUUACUUGUGAACAAUGUCAUAAAUCUUGCAAAAGAGGAUGCACAGAUUCUGGACCAAAAGGUUACACCCAUUUUUAGAUGUAUAUUAUAAUUUAGUAUGUUUAUAUAUUUUGCACGUAUAGGUUGUAAUGAGUGCAAAGAUGGAUGGAUGUACAUGGGUAAAGGUAAAGGUUGUAUUGACGUUAAUGAAUGUAUAGAACAAGAUGUUUGCACGUCACAACAAUUUUGUGUUAAUAAUGAAGGUUUCUAUUCUUGUUUAAGUAAGUGUCAAAAUAUAUAUUAAUUAAUUUAAUCCCUGAUUUUACAUGUUUAUAUAUACAUAUAUAUUUGAUUGAAAUAAAUUUGUUUUAAGAUUGUGAUCAAUCAUGUAAAGACUGUUAUGGUGAUGGAAAUGAUAUGUGCUAUAACUGUGCACCGGGGUAUACCAUGAAAAAUAAAAUAUGCACAGGUAUAUUUAAUUUAAUUUAACUUUUUCAAUAUUAAGAUUGUAUUAAACAUUUUAUAAUUAUGCAGUUAUGCAUGAGUAAAGAUUAUUAUAAAAUUUAUUGUGGUAUGUUUUACUAUCAAAUGCUUUAUUAAUUAUUGUUUUGCAAGAUUUUUACAUAGUAGAAGUUAGACAAUGUAUUCAUUAUAUCUAAGAGGAAACUGAGUAAGUUUUUUUUUAUACAUAUAUUUAGAUCAAUAGUUUUUAAUUUUAAUUUAUGUUUUUACUUAUCAGCAUACAAUAUACGCAAAUAAUAUACAUUUUAUAAUGUAUAAACAAAUCAAAUGUUAUGAUCUCCAUUGUUAUAUUUACUACACAUUUUUAUUAAGGAGAAAACAAAUUGUAUACUAAUAAAACUACAUACAUGAAACCCUAUGUUAAUUAUUAGACUUUAAGUUUAUUGCCUGUUCUACAUAAUUACGGCACGAUAAGGACCAACAUAUCACAGAUUACAGCACAUUAGAUUAUGACAAAAUAUUUUUAUAUUAGCACCAAACCAAAAUCUAUCAACAACCAUUAUAUAUUAAUGUUGUUUUUAAAAUAUAUUGGUUCUUUUUCAUAUAAAGCUGGUCUUUCUUUCUAUGAAGUUCAGUUUUCGGUAACAAUUUUAAUAUAUUUUGUUAUUUUUUAAUUUCUGCCAAAUUUUGCUACUAUAGUAAUUCAAUAAGACAAAUAUGAAAAAAUUGUAUAUUAAGUUUGUUAAGACUGAAGAAGUUUAAAAUUUUUCAUCAUUUCAAUUAAUUACAAAUCUUUUUUUUUUUGAAAUUAAUUAUGUUGGCAUUGCAUUUUAAUAUUAUAUAUAUAUAUUUUUUUUAAAAAAUGUUUGUUAACCUUUACUUAUAUUUAAUUUUUUUUAUUGUCAACAGUAUUUUAACAUGUUAAUAUUAUGUUUUAGUGAGCACUGAAUGGAAGGACGCAGAUCAAUCUCGGUACUUAACAUACAUUGGUCUAGGAAUAGCAACAUUAAUUAUUUUCAGAAUGGAUACAACUAUAGCAAGUAUUGUUGGAGUACUUUUAGCAGUUUAUAUAAUGAUGGCUGAAUAUCUUAUGAAUGAAUUUUAUAAGCCGUGA